AUGCGUCUUACCGAUGAGCAGAUCGAACGCUUUGUGAGUACGCUGUUACCGCCGGUACUUUACUCGGUGUUCUCGACAAGUGAAUCAUCAUCUGCGUACAGUGUUAUGCGCAAUAUGGCAUUUCUUGCGCCGCAGCUGGUCCUUCCACGUGCUCUCGACUUGUUAGUGCCUUUCUACACAUCUUUUAUUGUUUUCUUUCAGAGAAAGCUUGUAUUCAAAUCAAAUAGGGACAAAAGCGUUCCUUUUUGCUGA